UUCCAUUAAAACCGAGGAUGUGGUUACACUCGCCCCCAGACUUGACCAGGGCGGCAACCAGUGUGUGUGUCUAGGACUGCCUCACAUCACAACCAUCAUGGCGGAAUCCAUGAAUGAUGAAACAAAGCUUAUGCUCAGGAAGGCGUUCUCGAUGUUUGAUGAGAAGAAGACAGGUUUCAUUGCUACAGACAAACUCCUGGGCAUUCUGGGAGACCUCGGCCAGAGCGUGGACCCUGACGAGCUGAGAAAGGUGAUCAAGGAAACAGAUGUCGAUGGCGUGGCAGAAUCAGAGGGCAAGAUGAGUUUCGACCAAUUUGUCAACGUGGUGAGCUGCUUCAUGCAAGACGAGGACGAAGAGGCCAUGGCGGAGGAACUGAGGGAGGCCUUCAGGCUGUACGACAAGGAGGGUAAUGGCUACAUCACGACACAGACGCUGAAGGAGAUUCUCAAGGAGUUGGACAACAAGCUCUCCGAAGACGACCUGGAUGGCAUCAUUGAGGAGGUGGAUGAGGACGGCUCUGGGACUGUGGACUUCGAUGAGUUUAUGGAGAUGAUGACUGGAGAAUAAAGUGCAAGAAUAAGAAGAAAGAAGAAAAAGAAAACAAAAAAGAAGACGAAGGAGAAGCCGGAAAGAGAGAGAGAGAGAGAGAGAGAGAGAGAGAGAGAGAGAGAGAGAGGAGAGAGAGAGAGAGAGAGAGAGAGAGAGAGAGAGAGAGAGAGAGAUGUAUCGUCGUAUCGCUGUGAUCUCUCCUUGAAGUCUCCGCAGUGUGUUCAUCUAUCUGCUUCACUGUCUGUUUGCCCGUCCGUCUGUCUGUCCGUCCAUUCCUGGUCGAUGCGUUCUUGUUUGUCUCUCCCUCCUUCCUGCCAUUCGUCUGUCCGUCCAUCAAGGUUGACUAAAUACCAGAACGAAUCCUAUGACACACCAGUUUCACCGCCUGGUAUUCUAAACAAGUCCCCCCCCCCAAGGCGAGUAUAGUCAAAGAAAACGAGUUAAUACAUACCUUCUAUGACAAAAAGAAAUAGUCAGUAGAGAUAAAGAGAAAGAGGAAAGAAACAUGUCUUUGGCAGUAAAUGUGCAGGGAAAGUGGGGAAGUGCGUCUCUGGCUCAGAAAAUCACAGAACUCAAUUAUAUUAACAGAGGCUUCAGUAGCAGAAAAAAAAAAAAUAUAGUACUUGCUCAAAAAAGAAAUCGUAAAGAUGAUUGCUUCCUGUGUGUGUUUUUUUUUUUUUUUUUUUUUUUUUUUUUAGUGGAAGAAGAACACGUUUACUAAGCAAUCUAACCAUCCUUUUCAGAACUGUCAAAAGGGAUUCACCAUAUGAACCUUGAGUAAAAAACCGUAUCACUGACUCAAAAAACUUGUCAAGAUACUCGUUUCCUGUAGCUUUGGAACGGAAGAGGAGCGGUUUACUAUGUAAGCCUUCCUUCUCUGAGCUGUCAGGAGAGAUAUAAGAAAUAUAGAAAGAAAUAUAGAAAGAAAUACGAUCGGUAUUUUGGCUUCCCUCUCAUAUCUGUCUGAGUGAGUGAUCCAUCUCACAAAAGUACAUCUCCUUUAUCAUAACCAGACAGCUGCAUUGAGUAACGUCGAGUCUAGACACACACGCACACACAUCACUUUACCUUUAAGAUCACGAAGAAUUGCGAUAACAAACAAUAAUAAACAAGACAUUCAGGUUCCCCUAAGGUCAUUUGUUUGGCGCCUCUUCCCACUAAGUUCGAGGAGAAUAAUUACAUAGACAAAAGACACGUGCAGCUUUUCUCCCACCAGGUCAGGCUAAAUUUUUACUCCUACUGAUUGCAUUCUCAUAUCCUCACCUGUGUUCCUAUGGGUCUCCCUCUGGUGGCACGUGGAGGAGUUGGCACGCUGAGACAAACCUUUGAUGGGAGGGUGGGAAUGUUACGUAAAGGUGAUGAGGAGAGUGAGAGAGAGAGAGAGAGAGAGAGAGAGAGGAGAGAGAGAGAGAGAGAGAGAGAGAGAGAGAGAGAGAGAGAGAGAGAGAGAGAGAGAGAGAGAGAGAGAGAGAGAGAGAGAGAGAAAGGUUUCUGCUCACACUACAAUACAAUAAUCAUGGAUGUAUUUAAAGAUGACUUACUCCCUCCUGUGUGUGUGUGUGUGUGUGUGUGUGUGUGUGUGUGUGUGUGUGUGUGUGUGUGUGUGUGUGUGUGUGUGUGUGUGUGUGUGUGUGUGUGUCUUUCUUACGGAUAAUAAACUUUUAAAACAGUGUGAUUUGUAUUCAUUGCUAGUAUUCAUUGGUAAUACUAUAUUAUUAUUAUUAUCAUUAUUAUUAUUAUUACUAUUAUUAUUAUUACUGUUGAUGUUCCUAUGUUAUUGCCAUUGUACUGAUGUUUGUCUAUACUUGCUGAGAUGUUAAGAUGUAGCAAGUGCGAGAGAAUGAGAACCAUGUUACCAUUUCUUUUAUUACAAGAAGUAAAUGUGACACAAACA